AGACCUGCUCUGCUGCGUGCCGCUGUGGGAGCGCAGGUCCUGCCCUGUGCCCCCGGCCUAGCAGACGACAACGGGGAGCCAUCGGACAGGCCGGUGCCCCCCGUGCCGCCCACCGCCCACGGGCACACCGUGAGGGUUGCCUUUCAUAUCCAGGCAUACAAAGGGCGCGAUGACCACACUGUGCAUGAGAAUAUCAGAUAUAUCAUGGACAAAUACAGAUCACAUGCAGCUUUUUGUAAGUGCAAGACCAGCACCGGCAAGAGUUUCCUGCUGUUUCGUAUCUAUUCCUAGACACCAGCUGAAUCCUGGGCCAACCUUCUCAUGCCAUCAGGCUCCCACUCUCUCCGCAACACUGCCUAUUACGCUGUGUUCACAGCACUGCUGAUGGAGGAGGGACACAAGCAUGAGAUCCUCUCUACAGGCUACGAUGGCAUGUACACAUACCUUGCAUUCAAGGGUUUCUCUUUCAGCUCAUCCCACCAGAACUUGAAAUCAAUCAAAACUGUCUGUGACUCCAACAACCUGAUGUUCAUCCCCAGCAUUGGCCCAGUCAUCGACACCAGCAUUCGCCCCUGGAACAACCACAACACUCAGAACAGAGUCAACGGGAAGUACUAUGAAACAGCUCUGCAGGCUGCUGUCACGGUCAGGCCAGAGAUCAUCUCCAUCGCAUCCUUCAAUGAAUGGCCCAAAGGCACCCAGAUUGAGAAAGCUGCACCCAAGAAGAUGCUGGCACACCGUUAUCUGGACUACCUUCCUCAUCAGCCGAGCAUGUACCUGGAGCUGACUCGAAGGUGGGCAGAACAUUUCAGGAAAGAGGAAGAGCAGUGGUUGAUGUGA